UUCGGCGCGCCAGUUGAUGCCGGUGCGAAGGCAAAGGCGGUGCGCCAACGCCACGCGAACGCCACGCGAUGGACGAGGCCACCAAGGCCGGCUACGGCGUCCUGCUGAUGCGCCAGGCGCUGCCCAAGAGCGAGUUCUAUGCCCGGACCACCGCAAACAUACGUGCCGGCCUCCAGGAGCCGGCGCCCGGUCCGGCCGAUACAAUACCGUUUGGGGUGUUGGGAAGAGGGCCGACGCGGAAGCCGUUGGAUCUUGCGAAAGACGCCCACGUCGCGGCGCUGGCGGCGAGAUUGGACUCGCUCCACGGCGCAACCGCACAAGCCGCCGCGAGGGGCAUGCCGCGGAGCGACGGGUUGGAUGAAGCCACGCUCGCAUUGUAUGCCAAACUAACACAGCUCCUCGACGCGGACCCGAUCGGUAAAAUAGAAGCGCUACGCACCGAACAACGGCAGGCUGUAGCGGAGGCGAAAGCAGCCAGAGCCCAGGGCGCCCAGGUGUUGAAGCGGGCGGAGCAGAUGGAAUUGAGGUUGGAUAGGAUGGAAAGCACCAUUUCUCAGACGGUCACGGACGCGAUACAAGCGCAAGUAUCGACGAGAAUCGAUGCCAUCGCUUCAGAACUGAAAACGGUGCCCGGUGCGGUCAGUCGGAUGGAAAGUGAAUUAAACGCCGCCAAGGGUACCAUAGGUGGUUUGGUGGACGAUGUCAAGGCGCUGAAGGACGAUAAGGAGAAAAUGUUAGAUGCCGCGAAGAGCAUGGAGGCGGCCGCUCUGCUCGCGGCGCCGCGCGAGGAUUCGCUGAGAGCGGAAGUAGCCAUGUUGGCGGAGAGGAUCGAGGAGCUGCGCACGGCCUCAAACGGUGUGGACGUCCUGCAGGCCGUGGAGAAUCUGCGGACCGAACUGCGACCGCCGGAGGCGCCGCAGCCGACGCGGUCCGACUCGCCGCCGACCUCGCGCCUGUCGCGCCAAUCGGCCUUCGACGCCUCCGUGGCGUCUUCCCAAAGAACUCAAAUCCAGCGCCACGACGCCGCUCCCUCGGAGGCGUCCUCGCAUGUGGGUGCUUCCGCCGAUCUUGGAGCGCAUACGCUGGGCGCCUCGGCCCAGGUCUCGGACGCCUCCCAGGACUUGGUGCGCAUGGAUUCCGUGUCCGCCCACGCUUCGGUGGAGGCUGAACUGAAAUCGCCCCUCGCGGACGCCAUUUCCAGAGCAGCGGCGGAUCGGCGGAAAGACGCGCGGCCGAUCUUUCUCCAGGACACGCCGGCCAAGGACGCUGAGAGCACGGGGCCGCCCGCGUGGAUGUGCGACUCGUCGCUCGAGGGCGGCGGCUCGUUGAUCUCUGGCACGCCGCGCGCUGGCUCCGACUCGUCGCGGGAGACGCCGCCGAUUCCCGAGGAGGAGGCGGGGCUCGACUAAGUUUCAAGGCUAGU